AUGCCAAGUUGGCGUAAAUUCCGCCUGGCGCUUAUUGUAAUUGUAGAGGGUGUUUUGCUUUGUCGGAGCCAACCAGUUAAGGCAUCAGCUGAAGUUGUUGAGAUGGUCAAAGAUGUAGACUUCUUUCUCAAAUACCCAUGGGGUCGCCACUCCUUUCACAGGAUGCUUAGAAUGGUUAAAGUUGGAAGCUAUCUUGAAGACGCAGACUCGCUAGUUGCCAAGCUGAAACAAUCGUCCGUCGCUGUCCAUGGUUUUCCUCUUGCUAUUCAGUUGUUUGCUCUUAAAUAUAUUCCUUUGCUCCUCACAAUCCUGCCCAAUGGUGAGGAUCAGUCUACUUUCCUUGACCGAAUCAUUCAUCAUCUCCCUAAGUGCAAGUCUUUCCAUACUUCAAACAUUUUACGUCUUGAAUAUUCGAGUAAUGUGCGUUCUUAUUCUGUGACUAUUUCCUUCUUCUAUUUCUUUCUGUCUGUUAUACCACCUCAUAUUCUUUAUACUUUGCAGCUUUGUGUUUUGCACCCGCAAAAUCCUGACCCUGCCUUUGUAGCAUCUGAACAUUGUGACCCCAAGGUUAAGGAGUUGGAGAGACUUAUUGCAUCAUCGUUUCAGUUCACAAACGAUGUCUGGUCUGGUGGUGAUGCAUCUCUGCCGUCACUCACCUCUUCCCGCAAACGUAAGUCCAUUCCUUCCAGGUCUGCAAGUUCAAGUUCGGGUCCUGAAGAUUUUUGUAAACAAAAAAAGCGGGUUGGCCACCGUUCUUCUGUCAAGAUCCGCGGAAAUGCAGAUACCCUUAUUGAGAAACAUCUUAAAAGCUUCAAGGCAUCUCUGCUUGUUGAGCUUAGUCACCUCAUUCAGCACAGUCAUCAGAGUACUAGGCGCGGUGUACCUCCUGUCAACAAGUCCUCUAUUGUUUCACCAGCAGUAUCUUCUUCGCCUGUCCGGAAUACACGUUCUGGCUGUGCUGGACUAUCUGCGGGAUCAUUCUCCAAGCGUUCUGCUAGCAAUACAAGAUCGUCAUCCAGUAAUGCUAAACAUUCACCUAUCUGUCAUCCUGCUGUCGGUUCUGCACAUACUGUUUUAUCGCCUGGUAAAUGCCUUGAAUCAAUGGUGGAUUCGGAGGCUGUAGGUUUUACAGGCUUUCAACAUCUCGACACUGAUGUUCUACCUCCUGAGGUUUCUUCUCCCUCUGUUACUGGGAGCCACGCUCAUGGAGUUACAGGUUCUCAGUCCAUUAGUCCGGUUGUGCUUCCAUGUCCUGUUGUAAAGCCACUUGUUCAGGUGAACGCAUGUCAGCUUAAUGCCUGUAAACCUGAUUCUAAGGAGGAAUCAUGUUUUAUUCACCCAACACCAGUUCAACCUUCUGUCUUCGUUCUAAAGAAUAUAUCCCAAAGAGUGACCCGCCAAACUUGUUCAUCUGCUACGCAAUGUCCUGCAACCGAUGGGGUGUCUGCCAUGUUAGGUCAAGUACCUUCUGCAACCGGUCUUUCUGUUGUCAUGGAUCGGUGUCCUCGCCUUCCCAUUGCGCCUCCUACAAAACAGCUACCAUUGGGUGGACCUGCUAUGAACCUGCGUAGCAAAAAAAAUGUCAGUCACCCUGAUGUCAAAGCAAUGAUUCCAUACAUUCUAAGUACACUUGGGACCCCCAAUUCAGCUACUGUUUCCAAGUUUCGCAGCAAGCUCUCUAAAAUGGGCAAGAGUUCAUACACUAUCAAUGGCCACUCAUACCCUUCUACUUUCUUCACUGAGCUAUCAAAACCUCAGAACUGGGUUUCCAGCUUGCACAUUGACUGCAUUGUCAGCUUUCUUUGGCAAAAACAUGGUGCUUUCCUCGCUACCCGCCGCAUUACUAUCCUCAACUCCAUGUUCACCUCAAUGAUGGAAAAUAAGUUUGUCAAUUUCAGCCAACACGUCAAUACACUGACAUAUGCAUGGCACCCACUGUUGACGGCUUAUGUUCGUGGUCUGGUUGACGGUCGUACUUGUAAGUUGGAGUGGCUCAAAGAUGUAGACAUUAUUUACCUCCCUAUGAAUUGGGGUAAGAGGCAUUGGGUCGCAAUAGCCAUUGACCUUCCCAAAGGUCAUAUUGACAUUCUUGACCCGUUUGAAGAUUGCACCUCUGCUAGAAAGGUUGCCUCCUACAUGGCUCCUAUUGCUCAGAUGCUGCCUUGUUUGCUUCGCUCUGUUUGUGAAGAUGUUCCAUCCACUUGGCCAGCAACUGGCUUUACCUUCACGCGAAUGACUGGUCUCGCACAGAAUGACCGUGGUGGGGACUAUGGUCCAAUGUCUCUGAAAUUUAUUGAACUUCACUCAUAUCAGCUUACAUCGCACCUUCAAGAACUUACAAAGAAGACUAUUGACAACAUUCGAAUGCGCUACGCCAUUGAUCUGUAUGAAGAAUAUGUGUCCCACGUUUAA